AUGAAUCUGUUGAGGAUCUUUGCUGUUGUGAUCACCUGUCUCAUAGUCGUUGGCUUCGGUUAUCCAACACAUCCGACAAUUCCGUCAUAUCAGACAGCUGUUUGGCAUUCAAGUGCAAAUACUGGCUACAGGUGUCGAGCUGGCAUCUGCGGUUACAGAUGCUCCAGCCCAUGGUGUCAUGGAUUCGAAAGCGCCCUAUAUCCGCAGAUGGCAAUGCAGGAGAUGUGGGGUAGUGGAGCCCAUGGAAGGCAUGCACACUCUAGAACGAUGACAGAAUUUCUGAUGAAAGCAAGUCCCGAGGAUCUGACAAUGCUCAUUGAGUCAACACCAAACAUUGAUGAGCCCCACCUCGAUACUGCAGUGGUAACUCCUCCUUCUAACGAAACAUGCAUUCCAAGAUGGUACACUCAUAGAACUAACAACAGCGACACAUGCGGUUGUGCCGCAAGGAAAAGUGAAUUCAAGUACGAGGCUCGUACGGAUGAAAGAUUGGAGAAAGCCCCAGUUACUACAAGACAGUACAGGUUCGAAGGAAUCUGCAGUCUGAGCUCUCCUCUGCCUCGACGAAAUCUGACAAUGCAUUCGCCAUCAGAAGUGUACCCACCGAACACUUCUCACAUAAGAGGUACAAGUAUAUAA